AUGGUAGGCGUUUCUCCUGUGAGGUCUAGAGAGGAAGAUGAGGAGCUUCAAAGAAGCACAAAGAAAGUUAAGGAAGCCCAUCGUGGGAAAUUUGUGCAAGAACCCCAUGACCUUGGCACUGGUGAGGGUUUUUCGUAUAAAGAAACACUAAUUGGAGAGUUGCCUAGUGCAUUCAAACAAGCUUUUGACUUCAAUCAUGAGAUGGAGUUUGAUGCUACAUCUGAUGAUGAGUUUGUUAACCUACCACUUGGGGAAGUUGUUGUUAAGCUCUCUGGGGAAAGGAAGAAUAAAAUCAGAGCCUCGUGGUCUAGAGCUUUGAUUGUUAAAGUUUUUGGUAAGUCUGUGGGCUUUCAUUUCCUACACUCAAGACUGACUAGCAUGUGGAAACCUUCAGGGAAGAUGGACUGUAUCGAUCUAGGAUAUGGUUUUUUCCUUAUUAAGUUCUCACUCAAGGAGGAUCAUGCAAGAGUUUUUAAGGGUGGUCCUUGGCUUGUGGGAGGUCACUACCUAUCCAUUAGAGGAUGGGAACCAAACUUUAGACCAGAGAAUGCAAACCUCUCUUCUGUUGCUGUGUGGGUCCGUUUACCAGGCUUGCCCAUUGAGUACUAUGAGUUAUCGGUCUUAAGGGAUAUAGGGAAAGCGAUUGGGCCAGUUUUGCGCAUUGACACACACACCGCUUCGGAGUCCAGAAGCCGGUUUAUGCGAAUUUGUGUUCAAGUUAAUUUUGAUGAACCAAUAGUUAAGCUUGUUAAGGUCGGUGGUAUUGAUCAACCUGUGCAGUAUGAGGGCAUCAGUUCUCUUUGUUUUUCUUGUGGUAGAGUUGGACACAAGGCAGAAGGUUUUCCUUACACAACAAAAUCACUGGAAAAAUCUGCCAUGGCGAAGACCAUAUAUGAAAGCAUGACGAGCCAGGAUUCGCGGGAAAAAGAUGAAUCUGAACCGAGCGCUUUUGGGCCCUGGGUAUUGGUAGCAUGA